AUGUCUGAAAGUCAUCAAAGCAAUGAUGACCUUCAGUUGCUCUUCCAAGAGUUGCGCAAGAAGACAAAGAUCGUCAUUGUUGCUGGAGCUGGGAUAUCGGAGGCUGCUGGGAUUCCAGAAUUUCGUACCCGCCUAAAUGCCGCUGAGGGUAAAGACAAUCUAGAGAGAUGCAAGUACAUUACCAAGGAUAUGCUCGAUGCCUUCGCCUUCUCAGAUGACCAAAAGACAAAGCAGUUCAUGGUAAUGACUCGGGAAUUAUCUCAAACAUUCUCUUCUGCCAGGCCUACAGCCUUUCAUCACUUCAUAGCCCAUCUCGCAAAGCGAGGGCAAAUCCGGCGACUUUAUAUACAGAAUAUCGACGACAUUGACAUCAAAAUCCAUCCCCUGGCUACGGAAGUUCCACUGAGUCUCAAAGGCCCCUGGCCAAAUACAAUACAGCUUCACGGUAGUCUGAGUAAAGUGUGCUGUAGUAAAUGCUCACAUAUUGAUGACUUCAGACAAACAGACUUUCAAGGGCAUCAAAUGCCCUCCUGCAAUCAAUGCCAAGCGUAUAGCGAGGCGCGAUCGUCCAGAGGGAUGCGAAGCCUUAGUAUCGGUAAGCUCCGGCCACGGAUAUCACUCUACUCAGAGCAACCUUGGGAUGCAGAUGCUGUUGGGCGGGUCUCUGUGGCCGAUGUCAGGGCCUCCCCAGAUGCUGUGGUAGUCGUCGGAACAGCUUUGAAAGUACAUGGAACGGCUAAGCUUGUUCAGGAGUUAUGUAGAGCGACCCAUAGCCGCCGACAGGGCAUUUGCAUAUGGCUCAACAUUGACUGCCCACCGACUGGAAGUAAUAUGAAGAAAUGCUGGGACUUUGUUGUACUUUCCAGAUGUGAUACCUUUGCUCGUCUCUAUGGUAUUAAAGAGGAACCAGUAAUAACUUUCUAA